UUCCUUUCCGCAGAGAUUGGAGAGGAAAAGAAAUGUGGCUGUGGGUUUCUUUUGAUAUCUGCAGAGGGCGAAAUAAUGCGCGCCUUCGCUGCCUCAGGAUAUUAUUAUACCUCUUAUCCUUGCAUAUUGCUUCAAGCUCCUACUGUCAACACAACCAAUCCUUUACUUUCACCUUAUAAAUUUAUAGGAAUUGGCUCACAAUCUUCUUCUUCAUCUGUAACAUCUCUAAAGCACCUCCUUUCCCAAGCCAGGCCCAUCCCUCACUGUUCCAAUACAAAUUCCUCUUUAAGAGAUGAUGAUGAUUAUUAUGAUGAUGAUGAUGAUGAUGAUGAAGAUGGUUAUUCGUUUGUAGGUGAAGAAGAUGGGAUAUUUAUUGAGAUAAAGAAGCUUGGAAGGAAUUCCAGGAGAAUUCGGUCCAAGAUUUCUAUAAAUGCCAAUUUGGAUACAAUUUGGAACAUAUUGACGGAUUAUGAAAAAUUGGCUGAUUUCAUUCCUGGACUUGCUGUUAGCAAAUUAAUUGACAAGAAAGACAACUUCGCUCGACUUUAUCAGAUUGGGCAGCAAAAGUUGCCGUUUGGGUUGAAAUUUAAUGCCAAAGCAAUCUUGGAUUGCUUUGAGAAAGACAUUGAGAAUCUUGCUUAUGGGAAAAAGCGUGAUAUUGACUUUAAGAUGACUGAAGGUGACUUCCAAUUUUUUGAAGGAAAGUGGUCUAUUGAACAGCAGUAUGAGUAAGAAUAUUUACUCUGCAGCUAUUCGACUCGUGAAUGGAUGGGUUUACGGUUCAUAUUAGGCCACUAUGAGAUUGAUUACUAAUAUAAGCUAUUGUCAUUGAGUUGUAUCUUUGAUGGGGCUUGCCAUGAUAUCUUCUGGUCUUCAAGCAGAAUUCGCUGUUUGUAAAUACAAUUGCUGAUUGCCACAAACAUGAUGAGUAAUGCAGGUCAAUAAACCUAGAUCUGCAGACAAUGAUUUCUCAGUCGGUCAAGAAUUUGAGACAACUCUUUCAUAUUUCGUUGAAGUAAAGCCUAAACUAUGGCUGCCUGUUCACCUAGUUGAAGGUAGAAUUUGUAAGGAGAUACAGACGAAUCUUUCAUGCAUUCGAGAGGAAGCACAAAAGCAGAUUCUAAACACUUUGCCUCCACAAUAGUGUCAUUGACUUGACCAAAUAAUUGACGCAGACUAUAAUUGCUUCAGGUUCAUUUCGUCUGACAUUCUUGUCUUGUAAAUUAUUAUGGAAUGCAAUUUUCUUGUCAUUUCUAUUGAUACUGGGUUUAAAUUCUUGUUGCUGAAUCUUCAUGUUUAUGAUAUAUAGUCGCUUUAGAAGGAA